CUGCAGAGCAGAGCAUCUAACGACGCUUCCAAGGCAACGCGCGCGUGCAUCUCCUCCGCGUCCGUCGCUCUACACACGGCGUGAUGAUGAUGAGGAUGAUGCGCGUUAACGCCAUGUAACGGUGAACAGCUCUUCGGAAACCACGACCGCGUAACAGAAGACCUAAUCAACUACAAUUAUUCGUCAGUGUUAGCAGUCGAGGACAGCCAUGCCUCUUGUGAAGAGGACCAUCGAGCCCAAGCACCUGUGUCGGGGCGCGCUGCCUGACGGGGUGACCAACGAGCUGGAGUGCGUCACCAACAGCACACUGGCGGCCAUCAUCAAACAGCUGGGAGGACUCAGUCGACACGCAGAGGACAUCUUCGGCGAGCUGUUUAAUGAGGCCAACAGCUUCUGCGUGCGCAUGAACGGUUUGCAGGAGCGUGUGGACCUGCUGGCGGUGAAGGUCACGCAACUGGACUCCACCGUGGAGGAGGUAUCCUUACAGGACAUCAACAUGCGAAAAGCCUUCAAGAGUUCCACUAUCCAGGACCAGCAGGUGGUGUCCCGAAACUCCAUCCCGAACCCUGUGAUGGAGGUGUACCAGCGCUCCGACAAACCCCCGCCCAACAUCCUCACGCCAUACAGGGAUGACAAAAAAGACGGGCUCAAAUUCUAUACAGAUCCAUCCUACUUUUUUAAUCUUUGGAAGGAAAAGAUGCUGCAAGCGACAGAAAACAAGAGGAAGGAGAAACGCCGGCAGAAGCAAGAGCAAAAACACUCAGAGGAUCCCUCACGUGAGGUAAAGAAGGUCCGUAAAGCUCGUAACCGGCGUCAGGAGUGGAAUAUGAUGGCGUACGAUAAGGAGUUUCGUCCGGACACUCGUCUAACACCGUCUCCUUACCAUGGCAUGUCCUCUGAGGGAUCUCUGUCUCCAGAUCGAUCUGGUAUGUCAGACGAGCACUCGUACCCAGCGAGUCCGAACCACCCACCGGAGGCUGGCGGAGCAGGGGCUGAUGGGAAAGACGGCGGCCCCACGCAGACUCAGUCCCUGGACCGAGCGCACCGGCCCCCGGGCUCCUCCGGUUCUGCUGGGGCCCGACAGCACUCUCUGGGACGCCUCCAGGUCCACCACGGGCCCCCAGUGCCAGAAUCAGCUCUCAACGGGCCCCGGCCAACAGCUACGAAAGAAUACAGCGGCCAUCAAAUCCACGAGCACCUCGUCCCACCCGCCCCCCCGCCCCCUCCUCCCCUCAUCCCUUCAUCUCAGACUGCGUUCGACAGCACAUCUGGCCCUCCAUCGCUGGCUCCGGGGACAGUGAUCUCCCUGUCACGGCCCUACAGCCCCUCUCCUCCACCGGCCCCCGCCUCGGCCUACACCGCCUCCCCGUCGCAUGCUGUGAUGGGCGGCCCACCGAUGGCCCCGCCUCCCCCUCCACCGGGACCCCCCACCCACGCCCCGUCCCCGUCCCGAGGAACACACACACCUGGAGAGUCUACUCUUCCCAGAAAGGGCCAGGUGCCCCUCGUCCCCAUCAGUGAUGCCCGGAGCGACCUGCUGGCCGCCAUCCGCAGAGGUAUCCAGCUUCGUAAGGUGCAAGAGCAGCGAGAGCAGGAGGCCAAGAAAGAGCCCGUGGGGAACGACGUGGCCACCAUUCUGUCCCGACGCAUCGCAGUGGAGUACAGCGAGUCGGACGAGGACUCGGAGCCGGAGGAGAACGAGUGGUCCGACUGAGCCCGGGCCGGGGACAACUGCGAACACCAGCAGAACGCUGCUAUUUUACAUUCCUGCACACACACACACACACUCGUCCUCACGCGCUCAGAUGGUCCGUGGAUGAGGCUACUGAGGAGAUCACAAACUGAAUUUGUGCAAUGCAAAGUGGAAGGACACGAAAUAGAGAGAUGACAAAAGAGACACUUUCAGAAAACUGUGUUUCAUAAUUACAAUGUAAAUUCAACAUGCUAGCUUUUGCAAGAGUUGCCAAGAAAAUACUUAUUGAGAAAAAAAGUAUUCCUUCUGUGAUUUUUGAUUAUCUUUUGAUCUUUUGUUAGCCGUCCGGAGAAUAUAGUCGAUCCAUAUCUUGUGAUACACAAAAACGAUGUGGUAUUAGCACAUUUUAGGUUCAAAUUAUAGUGAUAUCUCAGGCGAGAUGCCCUGAAUACAGUAUAUGGACAAUCAAAUCAUCACUAUAGUAGAUUGCUCUAAUCAAAGUAUGCGUUUAACUCUCCAUUAUCCAACAUUUGUCUCUUUGUUCAGUCGUGGACAGUGUUGUGAUGAUUGAUAUGCCCCAGUUUAGCAGUGAGUGGAUUUAUCGAUGCUUUCGUUAUUUGCUUUUUCUUAAUGUCUGAAGUGACCGAUGGGGCCAAUAAUUUAUUACUGCUCGCGGGUUAAUAAUAGUGUGUGUUUGUGUGUCGUGUGUGUGCUUAAAUGUGUGACAUCCGCUAUCAUUUGUGACAAUACUCUGUACUGUAUCAUUAAUGUGUUGUUCUAUUGAUUUUUGUAACACUGUUCAAAAGACGGAAAUGGCAUCUUAUGUUUAAACUAUCAUGUUGUAGGAAUAGAGUCUAAAAUGCAUGUUUGAAUAAUAAUUGAAAUAAACUAAAAAAUCUAA